CCGGCGAGCCUGUCAGUGAUUUUUCUUCCCUUCCUAGGUAGGGUUCUUCAGUGCCAGCGCGUGGAAGUGCAUCGAUGGUGAGCAUGGUGAAGCGCGGGCGUGCGUGAGCCAGAGACGAUAAAGGAAUACAUACGCAAGUGAAGUAACACAAGCGUGACACAAGCGCACUGCUCCACUGGGGAGCUGAUGAAGGAGGGUGAUGCAGAAGCGGGCCAACUGUGAGGGGCGAAUAGGAGUAUCAAACGUUUUUUGUUUGGUUGGAGGGAAGAGGAGUUGUUGACUUAUGUGUGCGAAUGCGCGGGGCAUCAUGGCGGCAGCUCGCAGUCUGAGUUGUCAAUUUGGGACUCUGGCGCUUGAGGCCAGGGUGAGCGCCAAUUCAGAGUUGGCGGGAAACAGCGCUCGUACUCGAGCAAGAUCGCUGCUUCAUUCCUUAUCGGUGCAAAGUGGUUCUUCGUGCAAAGGAUCCGUAGCUGGAGGGGGAGGUGGAAGAGGAGGUAAUCAACGACGGACGGCUGUUGCGGUGCGACACUUGCUGCCUGCCUGUUCUCGCUGUUCUUCAGCUUCUUCUACCCAUGGCGGGAUCUCUUCUCGAUCGUCUGCCGUUGCUGCACUUGUUGAUGCUCACGUUGUCGUCGAUUCGUCAAAUCGGAUUGACGGGGAGCGUAGGUGUUUCCUUGGAUGCCAGGAGAACCUGUCGUCUGUUUGGUCGGUUGGGGCUUCGUCUACAUCGAAGAUAUGGCGGGCGAACGGGUUACCUUCAGUCUCAACCGGGCCAUCUCCUCUGUUUGCCAUUGGGCGAACACGAAGGGGGUUUCGUAACUCGCCCGUGCGGUGCAUGGCGAGUGUGAGUGGGAGGCAGAUCAACCAAGGGGAGUUCACAGAGAUGGCGUGGCAGGCCAUUCUUGCGGCACCCGAGGUGGCUCGCGAGAGCAAGCAUCAGAUAGUCGAGACCGAGCAUUUGAUGAAAGCGCUGCUGGAGCAGAGGAAUGGCUUGGCACGGCGAAUCUUUGCCAAGUGUGGAGUGGACAAUACCGCCUUACUGCAGGCUACGGAGCGCUUCAUCCAGCGUCAACCGAAGGUAUCUGGGGAUACGAGUGGGGCCAUGCUAGGAAGAGAUCUCGAGGCUUUGAUAGAGAGAGCACGUGGGUACAAGAAGGACUUCGGAGAUGCGUACGUUUCCGUAGAGCACCUUGUUCUCGCCUUUGCUCAGGACAAGAGGUUGGGUUCCCAGCUGUUCCGGGAGUUUGGAUUGACGGUGAAGCCGCUUGAAGCUGCGAUCCGGGAGGUGAGAGGAAAGCAAAAGGUGGUCGAUCAAGAUCCUGAGGGAAAAUACGAGGCGCUAGAGAAGUAUGGCGUGGACCUGACAGAGAGAGCACGCCAAGGUAAGCUCGAUCCUGUGAUUGGCAGAGACGACGAGAUUAGGCGUUGUAUCCAGAUUCUCUCGCGGCGCACGAAGAACAACCCUGUACUCAUCGGUGAACCUGGGGUUGGGAAAACAGCGAUUGCAGAAGGGUUGGCGCAGAGAAUUGUGAGAGGAGAUGUGCCGGAAGCCCUUAUGGACAGGACAUUGAUUGCGCUGGACAUGGGGGCGCUGAUUGCCGGCGCUAAGUUCCGGGGAGAAUUUGAGGACCGGCUGAAAGCGGUACUGAAAGAGGUGACGGAUUCCGACGGCAAGGUCAUCAUGUUCAUUGACGAAAUCCACACUGUGGUCGGGGCCGGAGCAACGCAGGGCGCGAUGGACGCUGGCAAUCUGCUGAAGCCCAUGCUGGGGCGAGGUGAACUGCGCUGCAUAGGUGCCACCACUCUCGACGAGUACCGGAAGUACAUCGAGAAGGACCCCGCACUGGAGAGAAGGUUCCAGCAGGUGUAUGUGGACCAGCCAAGUGUGGAGGACACCAUAUCGAUUCUACGAGGUCUGCGGGAGAGGUACGAGCUCCACCAUGGGGUGCGGAUAUCUGACAAUGCUCUCGUUGCUGCUGCAUUGCUGGCUGACCGGUACAUCAGUGAUCGUUUCUUGCCGGACAAGGCGAUUGAUCUUGUGGACGAGGCGGCGGCAAAGUUAAAGAUGGAGAUCACUUCAAAGCCAACGGCGCUGGACGAGAUCGACCGAGCUGUGCUCAAACUGGAGAUGGAGAGGCUGUCGCUGAAGAACGACACGGAUCGGGCGUCUCGAGAGAGAUUGGACAGGCUGGACCAGGAACUGGAGUUGCUGAAGAAGAGGCAGAAGGAGCUGAACGAGCAAUGGGAUAGAGAGAAAAGCGUGAUGACGCGGAUGCAGAGCAUCAAAGAGGAGAUUGAUCGCGUGAACGUGGAGAUCCAACAGGCGGAACGUGACUACGAUCUGAACAGAGCUGCGGAACUCAAGUACGGGAGUCUCAUCUCCUUGCAGAAGCAGUUGGAAGAAGCACAAAAGGCGUUGUCCGAGUACCAGCAGACUGGAAAGUCGAUGCUCCGAGAAGAAGUAACGGAAAACGACAUCGCCGAGAUCGUUAGCAAAUGGACAGGCAUUCCCAUUUCCAAGCUGCAGCAAUCGGAGAGAGAGAAAUUGCUCCACCUUGACGAGGAGCUCCACAAGCGAGUAGUAGGGCAAUACCCUGCCGUCAGAGCGGUUGCUGAGGCCAUUCAGCGCUCUCGGGCCGGGCUCGCUGAUCCAAACAGACCCAUCGCCAGCUUCAUGUUCAUGGGCCCAACUGGUGUCGGCAAGACGGAACUUGCCAAGGCUUUGGCCGCUUAUCUGUUCAACACCGAAGAUGCUCUCGUGCGUAUUGACAUGAGCGAGUACAUGGAGAAACACGCCGUCUCUCGACUGGUUGGUGCUCCGCCGGGAUAUGUCGGUUUUGAAGAGGGGGGUCAACUCACGGAAGCUGUCCGCCGGCGCCCCUAUUCUGUUGUGCUCUUCGACGAGAUCGAGAAAGCGCAUUCCGAUGUGUUCAACAUCUUCCUGCAGAUCCUGGAUGAUGGCCGGGUUACUGAUUCCCAAGGGCGAACCGUGCGAUUUACCAACACCGUCAUCAUCAUGACUUCCAACGUUGGGUCUCAGUUCAUCUUGGCUUCGCUCGAUCCCGUGUCGGGAACGCGGGAGAUCGUCUACGAGAACAUGAAGGAAAGGGUCAUGGAUGCAGCACGCCAAGUCUUCCGUCCAGAGUUCAUGAACAGAGUGGACGAGUACAUCGUCUUCCAGCCUCUUGAUAGCGCCCAGAUUAAGAGGAUCGUCAGUCUUCAGCUCCAGAGGUUGCAGCAAAGAUUAGACGACAAAAAGAUACAGUUAGAGGUAACGGAAAGUGCGUUGGAUCACCUUGCUGUUUUGGGUUAUGACCCUCUCUACGGUGCAAGGCCUGUGAAGAGAGUGAUUCAACAGCACGUUGAGAACGAGUUGGCGAAAGGCAUUCUCCGGGGCGAGUACAGCGAGGAGGAUGUCAUUGUCGUCGACACAGACAUAACUGUAUCGGCGACUGGUGUGCCUGCAAAGAAGUUAACAUUUCAGAAGAAAACGAAGCAGACGUCCGACACAGCGGGUGCUGAUAGAACAAGAAGUUCCGACUCAGAUUCUGUGAAGCAACAGGUGGUUCGUGGCUGAGGCCCAUACUCACAGUAGGAUUUCCUGGAUGCAUCUGGCCGCGUACCUGACAGCAAUUACGUCCAUAGCUCAUUGAAGAAGUCCUAGUGUGAGUAUGACCUGACUCUACCAGUUUGGUCAGAAGCGCGGAAAUGGUGAGGAAGGGGGAAUGGGAUUGGAAAUGGGAAUGGGACUGGGAAUGUGAGGAUGGUGUCCAAUCGAGGAAGAAAAGACGGGUGCGAAAGCAACGGUGACGUGAGCGUCAUUCAUACAGUUGGUUGGACGUGGAAUUCCUCUGUGUGAGUGUGUAGGGAAAAACAAAAAAAACAAAAAACCGGCGUAUCGUGGUCAGGAAAAGGGAGAAAAGGAUGUGAUGGAUGUUUAGAAGCUGUAAGUAGAUAGAAGGUUGAUGCAGUCCAGAUAAAGAGCCUCACUCCACUACAGAAAUUGUACAUGUAUGCGGCCUGCAGUGCAGACCAGAUACGUUUGGACUUCCCCAGUGUAUCAGUAACAGGUCCAGAUGCAGUGAGGCUCAAUGUAGUAGGGACUGAGCCAGAAGGGAGAAAACUAUGAGUGUACGAUAGUUAGAAUAUGUACGAUAAACGGAAGAGGGAUGU